CUGGUCCUGCACUGGGACUCGGGGAGACACAGGAUAAAUUCCUUGUGCUGACAGCAUGCAGGACUCAGGGUGUUUCUGGGCUGGCUCUUCCCUGCCUCCCGGCUCUUCGUGCUGGGACUAAUUUGUUUUUUUAAUAUAUUUAUUUCAUAUGCCCAGUCAAAUCAGCCAAAUCAGUUCCAAAUCAUAUAGAUUGAGGAGAACUCAAUCUUUCUAAAAACCAUAUUGAUUGAGCUCAAUCAUACUAAACAUCACGUAUGGCGCUACAACCAGCGAGCAUCCUCCAUCCCAGACCUCUCACUGGGACUCCCAAAUCCACUGGGAGGCAUUGACUCUGGGACUUAUUCAGCAAGAGCCAGAAUAAGACAGAAAAGCAACUGCUUCUGGGCUGGAGCAGGAUUGAGGCUUAGCCAGGCACAGCUAGGCAGCAGAGCGGGCUCAGGAUUGCGGGGAAGAGGGGCCGGGGCCUCGCCGCAACAGCAGGGCUGUGCUGGGUGGGGAGACUGGAAAAAGUAGGGAGCUGACACGGAGGUGUCCUGGGGUCUUGGUCAUCAGUGAGAUUCAGGGCAGGGGAACACUUCCCACCUCUCACGUCAUAGGGAGAUAAAUGAGCUCCAUGACACAUCUGGCCGCCUCCAGGGGCUCUGCCUACAGAGACCGUGGCUCCCUUGUUACCACCAUUUCUUCCUUUUUUAAUUGUCCUGUUUCUUAAGGUCUUGCGAUGACCACUGCACAGCCCACAGCCCGCCAAAUGAAUCGGGUGCUGGGCAGCUCGGCCUGGCUGUCUGUGUCCCUGCCUCCAGGAGUGUCGGUGAAGUCAACAGAGUGGAGCUUCAACACAGGGUUGGGCCGCGCCAUCAUGGUAGCAGAGUUCAUCUCCGGGUGGCCAGAGCAGCUGGAUCCUGGUGACCAAUUUGGAAAGCGCCUAGAGGUGCCCAAUGCCACGACACUGGGCAUCCGGGAUCUGAAGAAGGAUGACAGUGGCACGUAUAGUGCCCGUGUGAAACUGCACCCAGCAACUGUGGAGGACCAUCACUUCCACCUCGCCGUCUACGAGCUGGUGCCAGCACCCGAGAUCCAGAGCCAGGUGCACCCCAGCACGCUGGGCUGGUGCAACCUCACGCUGCAUUGCCAGGUGCCCACCACAGCUGCCAUGAACAUCACCUGGGGCACAGGGGACUCCCCGCAAGAUCUGGCGAGGCAUCGCGUCUCGGCUGAUGGCCAGAGCCUGCACCUGGCUCUGCCCCCGGGCACCUGGAACAACACCUACACCUGCAGCGCCAGCAACCCCGCCGACCAGAAAAGCACCUCCGUGGUCGUGCAGAGCCUCUGCCUGAGCAACACCACACAUGCCACCAUGUGGAGGUGGUUCCUCUGCAUUGGGCUGAUUGUCGCCGUGGCCGUGUGCUUUGGGGCCUGGCUCUGGAGGAGGAGGAGGAGGAGGAGGAGGAAGGCAGCUGGGAGAGCCCCCAUGCGAGACUGUCCCAGUGAGCCCCAGUACGCAGAGAUCAAGAGGAGGAGACCACCGGAGGGGGAUGAGCAGAUCCUGAGCUCCCCGCCUGAGAGCCCUGCUCAGAGCCUCCUAGCGAUGACGCCGAUCACCAGCAUCUAUGCCCAGGUCCAGCUGAGCACACCUCAGCUCCUCACCUAGGCCAGGACUUCCUGGCUCUGAGAGAGGCUUUUCUGUUGAAAUCGCUGCUGAAGUGCUUUGAAAUUCCUGAGCCAAAGCCACCGCCCUCCCCCCCGUCUCUUGCACGCACGCACACAGGCCUGCACUCACAUGCCUGCCUUUGCAUAUGCGUGCACUCGCACACAUGCACACCCUGCCCAGCGUCCUUGUCACAUCUGACCCUUCCCCUCUGCUUUGCUCCAAACCAGGCGCCCAGGACAGAGCUGGCUCUGCCUGGCCCAGGGGCUGGAUGUGGGUGGCAGUGGCAGCAGCUGGUCUGUUGGCUCCAGAGCUGCGGCCGCCUGGGCCUGCCAGAGCUGGAUUUCCAGUAGCUCCUUUGAUCCUCUUCCCCAUUCAGCUCUUGACUCUGCUUCUCUGGAGACGCCAGUGCCUUCCCUUGGCCCCAACCUGGGGGCAGCCCCACACCCCCCUGCCAAUAAGGCCAUGUCAGAACAGGGUCCUUGCCAAGCAUCUGGACCCGACUUCUCAGAGUUGGUGCAGCCACCAGGACCCAGCAGAGCAGCCAGACAGAGAGGAUGCUGGCCAGGCCAGGCUCUCCCAGGCAGAGGGGCCAGGAGUGCAACCCCCUCCUCUCCCCCACAGGCAGGAGGGACCUGGCCUGGGGGGGGAGAUCAGGCUGGAGUUGAGCAAGCAGCUCUCCACCAUCACAGGCUGUGAAGCCUCUUCCUCAAGGUGUUUCCUUAGGGUUGCACAAGAUGCAAGUUCCAGCCCAGGGGACUCUGGAGACGAAAGGGAACCAGCGAGGGUGCACGCAGCCACAUCUCUUGUGCUACUGAGUAAAGAGCAAUGGUGGUUUGGA